UUUUUAACAGGACAAUGUGAGAGAUAGCAAUUUCGAUAAGGCACUUAUUGAGUUUUACAUGAAAAAUAAAGUUAAGAGCCUUAAACGGAAAAUAAUGCAAAGCAACAUCCGUGAUAAUCCAAUACCUGCAUAUCAGUCUAAGAAGUCAAGGAUGGAGAAUGCAGACAGAAAAGUGUGUACAAGGUACUCCGGAAAAUUGUUUUCAACAGUAAUCAAAGCAUUGACAGAUAAGCAGAUUUCUGUAAUCAAACUCUAUGGAAUGGAAUGCAUGUUGAAAUUUGUGAAAACAGAUGUCCCGCUUAGAUUUGUGAAAUGGAUAGCAAGUGUUUUUGACACCAAUUCCUCAGAAAUUCAGUUAACAAAGAAAUUCAUUCCUGUUAAUAAGCAAACAAUCCAUAAUAUUUUGGAUCUUCCUAUUGGUGGAAUUGAGCUUGUCCCUGAUUGCGAAGCUCAUCGUGAAUUUUUGUUAUCUCAUUUCAAAGUAACUUCCAUUCCAAAUGUCAACUUCUUUGCCAACAAGCUAAUCUCUGGGGAAGAGUUGUCAGAUGAAGAUAUUUUCAUUUGCUUCAUGUCAGUUUGUUUCACAAGAUUUUUGUGUCCAAACUCAAGCCUCUUACCAAGCACACAAUGGAGCCGAAUGAACCCAUCGACACCAAGUUCUAACAGCUUGGGAAUGGAGGAAGCUUGA